GCUCUUCGAAAUAGUUUCUUAUGCGCUAGAGAGAGAAUGCCUCUUAAGAGCAGUUGAGAGAGCAAAUUCUAAGUGGUUUAGACUAUAGAGACCGAAAAUUCGAACUCGUGCAGGUUAGAGGGGGAGAGAUUUCCUGAGGGGUGGCGGGUGAUUGUUUUCCUUCCUAUUUGCAGAGGGAGGCACCGAUUUCAUUUCUUCGAUGAAGUAAUGGCCUAGAGAGGGAGGCUCCGAAGGACUAGAGAGAGAGGGUCAUCCUCUCAAGCACAAAAACAUAGAGAGAGAGAGAGGGCCAUUAUUUCGGAACACGAAAUUCUAGACAGAGAAAGGGCUUCAGUCUCUAAAAAACGCAGAAGCUUAUAGAGAGGGAGAUCAGAAUCAAUGGCAUCAGCAGCGGCUAGGUCGUCGAGAUCGAGCAGAGGGGUUAGCAAUAGCAGCAACGAUCAGGACACUGGUGGAGCGUUGGAGGAGAAGCUCAAGGUUUUCAAGACUGACCAUUUUGAUGCCGAUAACUUUGUGCAGUCUAAAUGCCAGACCAUGAACGAGAAGGAAAUAAGGCAGCUAUGUUCACACCUUUUACACUUAAAGAAGGCAUCUGCAGAAGAAAUGCGCAAAAGUGUAUAUGCUAAUUAUGCGGCCUUCAUUCGCACUUCCAAGGAGAUAUCAGAUUUAGAGGGCGAACUGCUGUCUAUUAGGAACCUGCUUUCUACUCAAGCAGCACUUAUUCAUGGCUUAGCUGAAGGUGUUAAUGUUGACUCAUUAUCCACUGAUCAUGAUAGUUCCACAAAUCAUGAUCCAUCAAGCAUUGUUGAUAAGGAGCCUUCUGACGUCGAGAAAUGGUCUAUUGAGUUUCCUGAUAUCCUAGAUGUUCUAUUAGCUGAAAGGAGAGUCGAUGAGGCUCUGGUUGCUCUCGAUGAAGGCGAGCAUAUAGUUGCAGAAGCUGAAAAGAAGGGAACAUUGAGGUCAUCUGUUCUUUCCUCUUUACAGAGUGCCAUAUCUGAUUGCCAACGUAGGCUAGCUGAUCAACUAGCUGAAACUGCAUGCCAACCCUCUACUCGUGGGGCUGAGCUUCGCUCUGCAGUUUUAGCCCUAAAAAAGCUCGGCGAUGGUCCUCGUGCGCAUACGCUACUCCUAAAUGCGCAUCACCAGAGGUUUCAGUACAACAUGCAAAGCCUUCGCCCUUCAAGCACUUCAUAUGGGGGAGCAUAUACUGCUGCUUUAUCACAACUCGUAUUCUCUGCAAUCGCACAAGCAGCAAGUGAUUCAUUGGCAGUCUUUGGAGAGGAAUCAGCCUAUGCAUCUGAACUUGUUGUUUGGGCUUCCAAAGAAACUGAGGCUUACGCUCUUCUAGUAAAGAGGCAUGCCCUAGCCUCCUCAGCAGCAGCUGGAGGCCUGAGAGCUGCUGCGGAGUGUGUCCAGAUUGCAUUAGGGCACUGUUCUCUUCUUGAAUCUCGAGGGUUGGCACUGUGUCCUGUGCUCUUGAAACUCUUUAGACCUAGUGUCGAGCAAGCAUUGAAUGCUAAUUUGAAGCGAAUAGAAGAAAGCACGGCAGCUUUGGCAGCUGCAGAUGAUUGGGAACUUACUCAUUCACCAGGGGGUACUCGUCCAUUUAGUCGAUCCUCCAAUGCUUUGAGCACUGGGGUUGCAUUCCAGCCUAGGCUUUCAAGCAGUGCCCAUCGGUUCAACUCGAUGGUUCAGGAUUUCUUUGAGGACGUAGGACCCCUCUUAAGUAUGCAGCUGGGUGGUCAAACAUUGGAUGGUCUUGCUCAAGUAUUCAACUCAUAUGUGAACUUGCUAAUAAAUGCUUUACCCGGUACAAUGGAGGAAGAUGGUGAGAUAGAUUCUGGGAACAAAAUUGUUAGGAUGGCUGAGACUGAAGCGCAACAAAUAGCUUUGCUAGCAAAUGCAUCCUUGUUAGCAGAUGAACUUCUCCCACGUGCUGCUUUGAAACUUGCUUCAUCUUAUCAGGCUGGUGGUAAGGAAGAUAAUCGGAAGAAAGCUUCAGAAAGGCAGAAUCGUCUCCCUGAACAAAGAGAGUGGAGAAGACGCCUCCAACGUUCAGUAGAUAGAUUGAGAGAUAACUUUUGUAGGCAACAUGCCCUUGAUCUUAUUUUUACAGAAGAUGGUGAUACACAUUUGAGUGCAGAAAUGUACAUGAGUUUGGCUGGAAACAUUGAAGAUACUGAUUGGUUUCCAUCACCAAUAUUUCAGGAACUUUUCUUAAAGCUGCACAGAAUUGCAGGCAUUGCUGCCGACAUGUUUGUUGGCAGAGAAAGGUUUGCAACCAUCCUUUUGAUGAGACUUACAGAAACAGUUAUCCUUUGGCUCUCGGACGACCAGAGUUUCUGGGAUGAUAUUGAGGAUGGUCCUAAACCUUUGGGAACUGCUGGACUAACACAGUUUUUAUUGGAUAUGGAGUUUGUCAUUCAAUUUUCAUCACAAGGCCGUUACUUAUCUCGGCAUCUGCAUCAAGUCAUCAAGGACAUUAUUUCUAGGGCUCUCACUGCCUUUUCAUCAAGUGGAGUGGAUCCAUACAGUGUGCUAUAUGAAGAUGACUGGUUCGUUGAAGUUGCUCAAGAUGCCAUUGUGAAGAUCACUGGGAAAGUUAAAGCCAUUAAUGGAGGGGAGCGAGAUCUUAACAGUCCAACUGCUUCCAUUUCGGCACAGUCCAUGUCAUCUGUUAGGUCACAUGGGAGCUCAUAGCCCUCGAUCAAUUUUUCCUUUGUAAUUUAGAAGGCAGCCAGGUGACGAGCACUACCCCUGUAUCAAUUGCACAGUUUUCCCUCUUCUGUUUAUUUAUGUGUUGAAGAAUGGUUUCGAGGUUAGGAAUGGGUGUGAAAUUGUAAAUGUUUCCGGUGUGGUUGGGCUCGGUCCGUCUCUUCCAGGUCCAAAUAAAAAGCAUGGUUUGCUGUUAACUGCAAAAAACACGCGGGAUGAAUGCAUAUAUUCUUUUCAUUGUGUAUCUAAACUGUUGCUUUCUAGUUCCAACAUCAUGGACAUGAUC